CCACUGACGUCCUGUAAAAACGUCCACUGCGCUGCCCAGGAUGAGGUGGCUUAUUAUGUGCGAACCCCCAUGCAUGGAGCCAUGGAGAGAGGUUAGGUCCGCGGCCCGCCCGAUACGUACCUGGUUGGUCGGCUGCUCUAUAUCACAAGGGUCUAGCAACUUUGUCCAGGUGGUCACUUCACAACAUUUUGGCAUCGCUCGUCAAUCGUCCCACGCACUUCCCUUUGCAUCCCCCCCCCCAACGACCAGGCGCCCACCGAAACCAAUCCCUUCUGCCUGUGUCUGCCAACUCGACGACUCUAUCCGCCACCUGCUGCGUCUGCCAGGGUUUCCCGACUCAUGCCCGUCCCGAGCCGCUGAAGCUCCCCUUGUCUCGCUUCUCCACCGCUUCUCGCUUCAAUCUUCCCGCUUCUGAUACUCUGCCAUCGCAAUUAUGAACGGCCACUUCUCUGCCGUCGGCGAAAAGCUGGCGCCGGGCAGCUACGAACAUGGCGUCCAGGUCGUUGACGAGGAGAAGGAUUUCAAUGAUAACCUCAAUGAAUACCUCCAGCUCACCAACGUCGCCGACGCCGGCUUCAACUACCACCUCAUCUCCGUCUUUGGCUCUCAGUCCACCGGCAAGUCCACCCUGCUGAACAACCUCUUCGGCACCGAGUUCUCCGUCAUGUCCGAGACGGAGCGCCGACAGACCACCAAGGGAAUCUGGAUGUCCAAGAACAAGCGCGAGGACAGCGCCGGCACAAAGAUGGCCGACAACAUCCUCGUCAUGGACGUUGAGGGUACCGACGGUCGCGAGCGCGGCGAGGACCAGGACUUUGAGCGCAAGAGCGCCCUCUUUGCGCUCGCCACCAGCGAGGUCUUGAUCCUCAACAUCUGGGAGCACCAAGUCGGUCUGUACCAGGGUGCCAACAUGGGCUUGCUCAAGACUGUCUUCGAGGUCAACCUGCAGCUCUUCCUCAAGGACAAGCAAUCUUCUCCGAGAUCCCUCCUCUUCUUCGUCAUUCGCGAUCAUCUUGGCACUACCCCCCUUGCCAAUCUCCGAACGACCCUCAUCCAGGAUCUGACCAAAAUCUGGUCCUCCAUCUCCAAGCCCCAGGGUCUUGAGCAAUCGCGCAUCGAGGACUACUUCGACUUUGGCUUCGCAGCGCUCCCCCACAAGAUCUUGCAGGCCGAAAAAUUCACCCAGGAGGUUCAGAUCCUAGGGUCAAGAUUCAUCGCUGGACACCGUAGUGGCAAAGGCGAUCAGAAGAUUUUGCAGGCCGAAAAAUCCACCCAGGGGGCUCAGAACCCAGGGUCAAGAUCCAUCGCUGGAGACCGUAAUGGCACAGGCGAUCAGGAACUCGAGGGCGGUCUUUUCCUCCCCGAGUACCACCGAAGGAUCCCUGCAGAUGGUUUCUCCAUCUACGCCGAGGGCAUCUGGGACCAGAUUGUCAACAACAAGGAUCUUGAUCUCCCGACUCAGCAGGAGCUUCUUGCCCAGUUCCGUUGUGACGAGAUCUCCAGGGAGGUUCUGAUAAACUUCGACCUCGUUAUUUCCCCCCUUGAGGAGAAGCAGGCCGAGGGCUCCAAGCUGGGUAUCCCCACCGUACUGACUGAUCUGGGUACCUCCGGAAAGGAGGCCCGUGAGAAGUGCAUCCGGGCUUUCGAGACGCAAGCGAGUCGAUACCACAAGGGCGUUUACGCCCGCAAGAGGCAGGAACUGGAAGGAAAGAUUGAUACCCGCCUCAAGGCCUUGUACCAGGGACAGCUGGCCGCCGCUCACAAGGCCGGCGUUGCUGCUUUCAGCGAGGCGGUUGCUGGCAAGGUCAAGGCUGGGCAGAAGGCUGGCGGCUCCUACGAGUUUGCCGACAUUGUCGCCAACGAGAAGCGAAAGACAUUGGAUAUCUUCAAUGUCGAGGCGCAAAGCCUCCGCAUAGAGAGCGUAUCGUGGACCACCUUUGAGUCUCAAUCAUCCCUAUUUGAAAAGGAACUUGACGAGGUCAGCGCCAAGCUGCGAAAGGAGGAGAUGCGACGCCUUGCGACGCGCGUGGAACGGUGGGUCAAGUCGCGACUUGGCGAGGCCAUCGGCUUGGAGUUCAACAAGCUGGGCACGGGCCGAGGAGGCAUGGGGGCCCCUGAAACUGAGGAUAAGCCCCCUACCGAGAAGGACCUUUGGGACAGGAUCUGGAGUGUCUUCACCGGCAUUGUUAAGGAGGCCGAGGUCCGAUUCGCCGACCGAGCAAAGAGCUUUGAUGCUAGCGACGCGGAGGUGCUUGUCGGUGCCUGGCGACUCCGCCGAAAGAGCUGGAGUGCUCUGCGGGAGAAGAUUGAAGAAGAGGUUAUGGAAGGCAACAUCCUUUUGAAGCUGAGAGAGAAUUUUGAGGAAAAAUUCCGUUAUGAUGAAGCCGGCGUCCCGCGCAUCUGGCGCCCUACUGACGACAUUGAGGGCAUCUAUACCAAGGCGAGGGAGUCGACCCUUACGCUCAUCCCCCUUCUAUCGAGGUUCCGACUCUCUGAGACGUACGCGCCACCGGAUCUCCCCGAGUUUAUUGGACUGCAGCCCAUUGGCGUUGAGGCUGGCGAUGAGGAGGAUCUGACGCCGAUUGGAGGCAUUGACGAGGAAGAAGGCAAGAGCCUGGAGGAAGAGAUGACGGUGCUCAGCGAAGGCAAACGACAGGAUCUGGUUGUGCGGUUCAAGAAGACGGCCGACGGCGUCUAUGUCGAGGCCAAGCGGAGUGCUAUCGGUGGCGUAGCCCAGAUUCCAUGGUACUUCUACGGAUUGCUCCUGGCACUGGGCUGGAACGAGAUCUUUAUGGUGCUGCGCAACCCUAUGCUUUUCAUCCUGCUCAUUAUGAUUGCGGGAGGUACUUACAUCUCAUACACGCUCAACCUCUUGGGCCCCAUGGUCCAAAUGGGCAACGCGGCAGUGACCCAGGGCGUGGACAUUGCCAAGCAGCAGCUGCGUGAGUUCAUCGCCAACUCGGAUACGGCACGCCAGGCCCUGGCUAUGCCCGCCCGGGACAGCGACAGCAUCAGCAUGGACACGUUGGACAGCCGCGGGCAGAAGGCCAACUCUACGGAGAGGGACGACAUUGAUGAUAUCUGAUGGCAUGGACUUCUUAUGUAUUUAGUCUCAGACCUUGCCGGGUAUGAUUAGCGAAACAAACAGGAUAUAAUGUUUACUGA